AUGGGCUGCAAAGCAAGUAAGGCCGUCCAGACGAAGCAGCAGCAGCAGGGCGGGACCCUCCUGGAAGCACCUGGGGUUGUGGAGACGAAAGCGGACCAGGCUCCGGCUGCACCAACUACCCGAGACGAGGCCGAACGCCCUCCACAAGCUGAGGGCGACAUCUUGACCGAAGUGAAGGAUGCCGUGGUCGAGGAAGUGAAAGAGAAGGUGAAGGACGAAUUGAAGGAGGAGCUCAAGGAACAACUCCCGGAUCCUCCAGUUGUGGAUGCGCCGGCGAGCAUGGACGUCUUUCCAGUGAUUGAGCCCGGAAGGAUGCCAGUGGAAGGCUGCUGGCUGACUUCCUGCUGCUCUUGA